UGGUCUGUACAAAAUUUUAAUUUUGUCUGCACUUAAAUGCUGACGUUGUACUGCAAAAACCGUUUUACGCUUCGCCGCGAACUUUUUUUUCCGUGCAUUUUUCUUUUUCAGAAAUAAGUGUUACACGAGGAUGAGGAACUAUGUACGAAAAACUGACAGGGGAAAAACGCCUAGUGAGGUUAUCGAAAGAGCAAUUGAUGUUGUUCUUACAGAAGGAAGAGGAAUAACUGAGGUUGGAGAAAUGUUUCAGAUUCCCAGAAGAAGUCUUGCUAGAUACGUAGACAAGAAUAAGAAUGUGCUACCCUGUAAACAAAAAUAUGGUUAUUCAAAGAUUCGUCAGGUUUUCACAGAUGAGGAGGAGGCUAUACUAGUGAAAUAUUUGCAUCGAGCAGCAGAUAUUUAUUUUGGAUUGUCACCACUGGACGUUAGGAAACUAGCAUUUCAAUUGGCCACCAAAAUGAACAUCAAAAUUCCCUUGUCGUGGACUACAAAAUGCUUAGCUGGCCCUGACUGGUUUAGCUCAUUUCUUAAGAGACAUAAUACCACAGACAACGAAGUGGAAGACUGCGAUCGCCUAUACUGGCCAAAGGGCGAUGCUCGUGACUGCCACCAGGUUCGCGUCGUAUGUUCUAGGCCCGUUUCUUAAAGAAUUUUAUUAUGUCCCUACUGAUCAGAUGCUUUACACACCCGGGGUUUGUGAGGAAACUAUUGCAUCAAAUUUUUUUAUUUUUAUUUCUUAAUCACCUGUAGCCCUUUGUAAAAUCCCUUGAAUUAUUUUAUAAUUUAUGUAUAACUUAGCGGUUAGGAAAUAAAUUAAUGUU